GGGAGCGCUCCGGCUCCGGCUGCGGUGGAGACAUGGAGCGGUCUGCGCGGCUCAGCCCGGUCUGCCUGCUGCUGCUGCUGCUGCUGUGGGAACCCGCUGCUCCCGGCUGUGCUCGCUUUCUGACCUUUAAAUUCACAGUCACUCCUAAUGGAGAACCACGGUGUGAAAUUCAAGGCCAGGUCAAUGGAAACACAUUUUUUCAUUAUACCUGUGGUAGCAACAAGGUCACACUCAUCAGUGUUCCGGAGAUGAGUGCCACACAGGCCUGGAAUCAGCAGAGAGAAGCUCUCCAAUACAUGGUGGAAGAGAUCACGAAGAUAAUGCUUGACAGGAAAGCAGAGAUUGCUGCAACUGGUAGUCCUCUCUCCCUACAGGGCAACAUGACGUGUAAGGUGGAAUCCAAUAACCACACCAGCGCAUCCUUAGAGUUUGGAUCAGAUGGACAGGUGUAUCUGUUCUUGGACUCCAAGAAUGGAACCUGGACAGUGUUGCAUGAUGAAGACAAACUGGUAACGAAAAUAUUGGCAAGUGACAGAGAAAUGACCCAUCUCCUUAUUAAGACCUCAGCUGGAGACUGUACUAACUGGCUUAAACAAGUUUUGUGUCUCCAGGAUGGAAUUCUGAGCACACAAGCUCCUCCACUCAGGAACCAGUCCUCCUCCCUUUCCGUGUGGGAUAAGGAAAAAGGAGAAACACCCCACCACACUCCAACCCCAGGAUCCGUCACCAUGGCUGACACAGCUGCAUCACCCAAUGCCACAGCCACAGCCACAGUCCCGUCCAAGGCCAACAUGCUCAUCAUUUUAAUCUCCUCUGUGAUCGUCAGCUGCUUGAUCAUCAUUGGCAUCUUAAGACGGGGCCUUUACAGGCUGCUGAUGCGAAGAUGCCAAGGAGGCCCUGGUGGUGUGAAUGAGCUCAGCAACUCUGCCUCUCCCCGGCUGCCUCUGGAUGACCUGCUGCUCAUUUUUAGAACACGAGUUCAAAGCUUCCGCCCGGAGACCAGGGUCUGAUCAGGAUGAGACAGCAGAGGCAACAUCUCAUGUCUGUUAUUGCAUUUGCUGAUUAUCCUCCUCAGGGCUUUUUAAACCUCAGGUCACUUUCUGUGGUGCUAAGAGAUGUGAUUUCUACAUUUAAACAUCAAUAGCUGCAAUAAGAAAUCUGAACACAGAGAACAUUUUCCAUCUUCUUUGUGGAAGAUCAGACACAUCUCUGCAUCAUGGCUUUU